GCGGCGCUAGGACCGAGCGAGCGGAGGGAGCGAGCCGGGCGGAGCCAGCGCCCCCCGCCCCCCGCCGGCCGGCUCCCCUCCCCCGGCCGCUGGCUCGCUCGGCUCGCGACGCUGCAGAGGCUCCGAGGCGGCGGCGGCGGCGACUCCCUCUUUCCCUCCCUCCUCCUCCGUCCGCCCGUCCGUCCGCGCGUCUGUCCGUUCGGCCCGGUCCGGCCCGAAGCAUGGCCGGCGUCAGCUUCAGCGGCCACCGCCUGGAGCUGCUGGCGGCUUACGAGGAGGUGAUCCGAGAGGAGAGCGCGGCCGACUGGGCUCUGUACACAUACGAGGAUGGCUCCGAUGACCUCAAGCUUGCAGCAUCAGGAGAAGGGGGCUUGCAGGAGCUUUCGGGACACUUUGAGAACCAGAAGGUGAUGUACGGCUUCUGCAGUGUCAAGGACUCCCAAGCUGCUCUGCCAAAAUACGUGCUCAUCAACUGGGUGGGCGAGGAUGUGCCUGAUGCCCGCAAGUGCGCUUGUGCCAGCCAUGUGGCUAAGGUGGCUGAGUUCUUCCAGGGCGUCGACGUGAUCGUGAACGCCAGCAGCGUGGAAGACAUAGAUGCGGGUGCCAUCGGGCAGCGGCUCUCUAACGGGCUGGCGCGGCUCUCCAGCCCUGUGCUGCACCGACUGCGGCUGCGAGAGGAUGAGAACGCAGAGCCCGUGGGCACCACCUACCAGAAGACGGAUGCAGCUGUGGAAAUGAAGCGGAUUAACCGAGAACAGUUCUGGGAGCAGGCCAAGAAGGAAGAAGAGCUGCGGAAGGAGGAGGAACGGAAGAAGGCCCUGGAUGAGAGGCUCAGGUUCGAGCAGGAGCGGAUGGAGCAGGAGCGGCAGGAGCAAGAGGAGCGUGAGCGGCGCUACCGGGAGCGGGAGCAGCAGAUCGAGGAGCACAGGAGGAAACAGCAGACUUUAGAAGCGGAAGAGGCCAAGAGGCGGUUGAAGGAGCAGUCUAUCUUUGGUGACCAUCGGGAUGAGGAGGAAGAGACCCACAUGAAGAAGUCAGAGUCGGAGGUGGAGGAGGCAGCGGCUAUUAUUGCCCAGCGGCCUGACAAUCCAAGGGAGUUCUUCAAGCAGCAGGAAAGAGUCGCAUCGGCCUCUGCGGGCAGCUGUGAUGUGCCCUCGCCCUUCAACCAUCGACCAGGUCGUCCGUACUGCCCUUUCAUAAAGGCAUCGGACAGUGGGCCUUCCUCCUCCUCCUCUUCCUCCUCCUCCCCUCCACGGACUCCCUUUCCCUAUAUCACCUGUCACCGCACCCCAAACCUCUCUUCCUCCCUCCCAUGCAGCCACCUGGACAGCCACCGGAGGAUGGCACCCACUCCCAUCCCCACACGGAGCCCGUCUGACUCCAGCACCGCCUCCACCCCUGUCGCUGAGCAGAUAGAGCGGGCCCUGGAUGAGGUCACAUCCUCGCAGCCUCCACCACUGCCACCGCCACCCCCACCAGCCCAAGAGACCCAGGAGCCCAGCCCCGUCCUAGACAGUGAGGAGACCAGAGCAGCAGCCCCUCAGGCCUGGGCCGGCCCCAUGGAGGAGCCCCCUCAGGCACAAGCGCCUCCCCGGGGGCCAGGCAGCCCUGCAGAGGACUUGAUGUUCAUGGAGUCUGCAGAGCAGGCUGUCCUGGCUGCUCCCGUGGAGCCUGCCACAGCCGACGCCAUGAAGGUCCACGAUGCAGCUGACGCCAUUGAAACCGACACUGCCACUGCUGACACCACUGUUGCCAACAACGUACCCCCCGCCGCCACCAGCCUCAUUGACCUAUGGCCUGGCAACGGGGAAGGGGCCUCCACACUCCAGGGUGAGCCCAGGGCCCCCACGCCACCCUCGGGUACUGAGGUCACCCUGGCAGAGGUGCCCCUGCUGGACGAGGUGGCUCCAGAGCCACUGCUGCCAGCAGGCGAAGGCUGUGCCACUCUUCUCAACUUUGAUGAGCUGCCUGAGCCGCCAGCCACCUUCUGUGACCCAGAGGAAGUGGAAGGGGAGCCCCUGGCUGCCCCCCAGACCCCAACUCUGCCCUCAGCCCUUGAGGAGCUGGAGCAAGAGCAGGAGCCAGAGCCACACCUGCUAACCAAUGGCGAGACCACUCAGAAGGAGGGGACCCAGGCCAGUGAGGGGUACUUCAGUCAAUCACAGGAGGAGGAGUUUGCCCAAUCGGAAGAGCUCUGUGCCAAGGCUCCGCCUCCUGUGUUCUACAACAAGCCUCCAGAAAUCGACAUCACAUGCUGGGAUGCAGACCCAGUUCCAGAAGAGGAGGAGGGCUUCGAGGGUGGUGAUUAGCGGUGGCGCCAGCCCUAGGCUACCCUUGCCAAGGCCGCCCACCUGCAUCGGCCUCUGGCCAGACGGCCCGCCGUGCCUGCAUUCACAGCAGCUCCGCCUGGCACCCACUCCGGAUUCCGGCCCUAGCUGGGGACUUGGCCGCUUCCCUACCCACAGGGCCUGACUUUUACAGCUUUUCUCUUUUUUUUAAAAGUUGAUAGGAGACUUGUACAGUUGACUGGUUUUCCUCCCGUUGGUAGUUGAGACGCUGUUGCAAAUUCCACCCCUCCUUCCCUGGUCCAGAUUGUAGCUCUUAGUCCUCCCUGCUCAGCUGGCCGGGGUGGAGGCCUCACCCUGCUUGGGGCCUGGUGUGGGGGGAGGAGCUCUGGUGGGAAAAUGUCCCCCACCUCUUUUCCUAGUUUUAUGUUUCUUGGAAAAAUAUCACUUUGUAUUUUCUGUCCAGGGCUUCAGAUAUUUUGCACGAAUUUUAAAACAUGGCAAUAAAUGGCUCGUGGGCUCUGGCUCCCUGGGACCCCCCUCCCCGCCCUUCUUUCGACCCCUUCCUGUCUGGCCCAAAGGAAGUAGCAGGUCCAGCUGGGGCCCCUCGGCUACCCCCCCCUCUCCUGCCGGGCAGGUCCCAGGCUGGAGGCCCUAGGCCCGGUUCAGGUCAGGGCUAUGGACGGGGCCCGGGGGCUUUGGUGGCCCCUCCCCAACUCCUUCCUCUUUGCUUGGGUUCCUUUUUCACGUUCCACGUUCAGUAACUUUUUUUUUUUUGUUUUUUUUUUUGUUUGUUUUUUUUUGGAAAGCACAAACUUCUGUAACGGGUCGUGCUCAUGUCUGUUAAUAAAGAAAUCCAGAUCCCUU